AUGGGUGAAUCGAACAAGAAAAGACGUCUCGACGAAGCUACCAGUGCGCCUCGAGAGACUCAAAUCACCAUGGAUUCCCCGAAGAAGGAAACAGUUCAGGAGGAGAAAGCCUCUACACAGCCUAAACGAACUCUCUUCGUUCGAUCCCUUCCCGCCUCAGCGACGACCGAGAGCCUCACAGAAUAUUUCUCACAAUCCUACGUGAUCAAACAUGCGAUUGCCGUGAAUGAUCCGGAGACCAAGCAGUGCAAGGGGUACGGUUUCGUAACCUUUGCCGAUCUCGAAGAUGCGCAGGCGGCCGUGAAGGAGUUGAACGGGUCCACUUUCGAAGGCAAGAAGAUCCGAGUCGACUACGCUCAACCCCGUCACCGUGAGAUCGAUGAGAACCUUGGCAAGAGUGUUCCAUCUGCUGCUGCGGUCGAACUCAAGAAGCAGCGAGAGCAGCAGAGAGCGGACACCCAGCCCCCCAAGCUGAUUGUCCGAAACUUGCCAUGGAGCAUCAAAACGCCCGAAGAUCUUGCGGUUCAUUUCAGGAGCUUCGGAAAAGUUAAAUUUGUUACUCUUCCUAAGAAGGGAGAUCAACUGGCAGGUUUCGGCUUCGUUGUUUUGCGGGGAAAGAAGAACGCCGAAAAAGCACUUCAGGCCGUCAAUGGAAAGGAGGUGGAUGGAAGAACGUUGGCUGUGGAUUGGGCUGUUGAUAAGGAGACCUGGGAGAAUCUGCAAAAGGAUGCCACGAAGGAGGAGGAUAACAAGGAAGAAGCCGGUUCCAACGACGUCGAAAUGGCCGAUGGCGCCGAAGCGGCCUCCGACAAUGAGGAGGAGGAGGAUGAGGACGAGGACAUGGACGACGAGGAGGAUGAGGAUGACGAAGAUUUAGACGAGGAUGACGAGGAUGUCGACGAGGAGGAAGACGACGGAGAAGAUUAUGGGGAAGAAAAGGAGGACGAGCGAAAUGCUUCUACAAUCUUCAUUCGGAAUCUGCCCUUCACAUGUACAGACGAGUCGCUUUACGAACACUUCACGCAAUUCGGACCCCUUCGGUAUGCGCGAAUUGUCGUUGAUCCAGAAACUGAGCGUCCGCGAGGAACCGGGUUCGUUUGCUUCUGGAAGAUGGAGGAUGCGGCAUCAUGCGUGCGCGAUGCCCCUAAACAACAGGAUACCCUGAUCGCGGAGAAGGACAAGGGGAAGAAGUCCUCCACUACUCUCAAGCACUCAAUCCUUCAGAACGAGAACUCCGACCCGAGCGGCAGAUAUACCCUGGACGGCCGUGUUCUGCAGGUUGCGCGCGCUGUAAGCAAAUCGCAAGCCACCAGACUCGAAGAGGAGGGAGUGUCAAAGCGGCUCGUCCGUGAUACCGACAAGCGCCGCCUUUUCCUCCUUCAGGAGGGUACUAUCUCGCCCAGUGCUUCUCUCUACAAGAAAUUGUCACCGUCCGAGAUCAAGAUGAGAGAGGACAGUUUCAAGCAGCGACAGAACUUCAUCAGGAAAAACCCGGCUCUGCACCUCAGUCUCACUCGUCUCUCGGUCCGUAACAUCCCGCGUCACGUCACCUCGAAGGACCUGAAGCAGCUCGCGCGACAGGCUGUCGUCGGCUUCGCCAAAGAUGCCAAGGAAGGGCUGCGCCAGCCUCUGUCCAAGGACGAACUCAAGCGGUCAGCCGAAGCGAUGAAGGAGGCAGAGCAGCACCGGAAAGAAAAGGGCAAGGGUAUCGUGAGGCAAACCAAGAUCGUCUACGAGAGCCGCGACGGCAGCAAGAUCGGGGAGGAGACUGGAGCAGGCAGAAGCAGAGGCUACGGUUUCAUUGAGUACUACACCCAUCGGCACGCGCUGAUGGGUCUGAGAUGGCUCAACGGACAUGCCGUGGACAUGCCCAAGACCGGCUCCGAGGAUGUCAAGGACAAAAAGAAGCGGCUGAUUGUCGAGUUUGCCAUUGAGAACGCUCAGGUGGUCAAGCGCCGGAACGAGCAAGAAGCCAGAGCGCGCGCCAAGAAGGAAGCUCAACAAAAAGAUGGAGCGGGCCCGAGCAAGGAUGACCAGAACGACAAAGCCAAUACCAAUGGCAAGAAGCGGAAGCGGUCCGAUAGCCGUGGCAGCGGUAAAGAGCAGAAUGGAGAGCAGGAAGCGGAAGAGGAGAACAAGAUCGCCAAACGCAAUCGGAUCAUCUCUAGGAAACGGAUGCAGCGGAAAUCUCGGAAAGGAAAGGCCUAG